GCUGUGAAAAUUUUGAGGAGCACGCAAACCCCAAGCAAGUUUUUGUAAUUGUAUCAAAAAGUGCAAGACUAUUAAUUAAAAGAAAUAUAAAGCAAAUUUAUUUAUUCAUACAAAUUGUGCUGCAAACGUAAAUUAGCCAACAUGCAGAUCUUCGUGAAGACCCUGACUGGCAAGACCAUAACCCUCGAGGUCGAGCCCUCGGACACCAUCGAGAAUGUCAAGGCUAAGAUCCAGGACAAGGAGGGCAUUCCCCCAGAUCAGCAGCGUUUGAUUUUCGCCGGCAAGCAGCUGGAGGACGGACGUACUUUGUCCGACUACAACAUCCAGAAGGAGUCGACUUUGCAUUUGGUGCUCCGCCUGCGCGGUGGCAUGCAGAUCUUCGUGAAGACCCUGACUGGCAAGACCAUCACCCUCGAGGUCGGCCUCGGACACCAUCGAAGGCUAGUCCAGAGGGCUCCCCAGUCAGCAGCGUUUGAUUUUGCCGGCAAGCAGCGGGACGGACGUACUUUGUCCGACUACAACAUCCAGAGGGUCGACUUGAUUUGGUGCUCCGCCUCGCGGUGGCAUGCAGUCUUCGUGAAGACCCUACUGAUCCGUACCCCGCAAGACCACACCCUCGAGGUCGAGCCCUCGGACACCAUCGAGAAUGUCAAGGCUAAGAUCCAGGACAAGGAGGGCAUUCCCCCAGAUCAGCAGCGUUUGAUUUUCGCCGGCAAGCAGCUGGAGGACGGACGUACUUUGUCCGACUACAACAUCCAGAAGGAGUCGACUUUGCAUUUGGUGCUCCGCCUGCGCGGUGGCAUGCAGAUCUUCGUGAAGACCCUGACUGGCAAGACCAUCACCCUCGAGGUCGAGCCCUCGGACACCAUCGAGAAUGUCAAGGCUAAGAUCCAGGACAAGGAGGGCAUUCCCCCAGAUCAGCAGCGUUUGAUCUUUGCCGGCAAGCAGCUGGAGGACGGACGUACUUUGUCCGACUACAACAUCCAGAAGGAGUCGACUUUGCAUUUGGUGCUCCGCCUGCGCGGUGGCAUGCAGAUCUUCGUGAAGACCCUGACUGGCAAGACCAUCACCCUCGAGGUCGAGCCCUCGGACACCAUCGAGAAUGUCAAGGCUAAGAUCCAGGACAAGGAGGGCAUUCCCCCAGAUCAGCAGCGUUUGAUCUUUGCCGGCAAGCAGCUGGAGGACGGACGUACUUUGUCCGACUACAACAUCCAGAAGGAGUCGACUUUGCAUUUGGUGCUCCGCCUGCGCGGUGGCAUGCAGAUCUUCGUGAAGACCCUGACUGGCAAGACCAUCACCCUCGAGGUCGAGCCCUCGGACACCAUCGAGAAUGUCAAGGCUAAGAUCAGGUCGGACAAGGGGGGCAAUCCCCCAGAUCAGCAGCGUUUGAUCUUUGCCGGCAAGCAGCUGGAGGACGGACGUACUUUGUCCGACUACAACAUCCAGAAGGAGUCGACUUUGCAUUUGGUGCUCCGCCUGCGCGGUGGCAUGCAGAUCUUCGUGAAGACCCUGACUGGCAAGACCAUCACCUUGGAGGUCGAGCCCUCGGACACCAUCGAGAAUGUCAAGGCUAAGAUCCAGGACAAGGAGGGCAUUCCCCCAGAUCAGCAGCGUUUGAUCUUUGCCGGCAAGCAGCUGGAGGACGGACGUACUUUGUCCGACUACAACAUCCAGAAGGAGUCGACUUUGCAUUUGGUAUUGCGUCUUCGCGGUGGCGCUCUUUAAAUAUUCUCAGCGUAAUCUCAAAAAUAUGAUCUUUUAUUCUUGUAGUUUAUGUUAUUGGCUUUGCAACAGUAAAAAAUGUAUUCUGUAUUAGUAAUAUCCACCAAAUUAAAACAUUUUAAAUCUGUGUGUUCAAGAGUAA